UCGCCGGCGGGGCCAGAGCCGCGGGGCCUCGCUCUGCCCUCGCACGUGGGCAGGAGCCGCCGGCGCGGCCCUCCCGCCCCGCUGCUGCGGGCUGCGGGCGGCGGCGGGGCAGGUGGCAGAGCCGCUCCGCGGCGCCGUUUCCGGGAGGUGCCCGGCCGCCCGCAGGUGAGGGGAGGCCGGCGCGGCGCGGCGCGGCGCGGCGCGGCGGGGCGGCCGCUAUGAGGCUGCUGCUGCUGGCGUGCCUGCGGGCGCAGACCGGCAACGCCACCACCGCCGCCAGGAUACAGAAUCAUCUGCAUGCUGCAGGUCACAUCUGCAUUCUUAAAGAUGCUUUUGGCUGUGAAAGUCCGACUGAAAUAGCAAAUCUGAUCUCUACAGAGAAGUUUGAAGCGGCCCUGGCCAUUCACCUUUAUAAAGGAGGCAGACUUCUGCAAGGUAGCAGAAUUCCUUUUGGAAUCAUCUUUGGUGGGACAGAUAUAAAUGAAGACAUCAGAUGUGAAGAGAAACAUCGGAGAAUGGGAACAGUACUAGGAGAAGCCAGGUUUGCAGUGGCUUUCACGACGAAAAUGAAGGAACUGGCAGCAGCAGAGUGGCCAGAUGCUAGGAAGAAAAUAUAUGUCCAAACUCAAGGAAUUAAGACUACACCCAGUGAAACUUUUGACUGGUAUAGAUUUCUACAAAAUGCAGGCAUUCCUACAGAUGUGGACAAUUUACACAUUUUUCUUCUGAUAUGUGGACUUCGAAGAAUCAAAGAUCCUCUGUAUUUAGUAGAUGUAUUUUCAGACUGGCACAGAAAGGAACCCAGUGUCCAUCUGGGCAUAAUUGGACCUGCAGUUGAUCCACUUUUUACAAGUGAAGUCAAAGAAAAAGUUAAAAGGGCACCUGGAGUACAUUUGUUACAGGAGAUGUCACAAGAUGAUCUUCAUGCUGCUAUGAAAAGGUGCUUUGCUGUGGUGAACAGCUCCAUUUCAGAGGGAAUGUCUGCUGCAAUUCUGGAGGCAAUGGAUUUAGACAUUCCAGUGCUGGCAAGAAACAUUCCUGGGAAUGCAGCAAUAAUAAAACAUAAGGAUACAGGACUGCUAUUUUCGGAUCCCCAGGAGUUUGUCAUGCUGUCCAAGAGCUUGAUGAAUGACCCCAUUUUGAAAAGAGAAAUUGUAAGAAAGGCUAAGGACUAUGUGAAGAAACAUCAUUCAUGGGAAUGUGAAAGAAAAACCUAUCAGAAUCUUAUCCUAAGACUCCAGUGACCUGCAGGACUACAGCUGAUACGCAGCAGUCUGUAUCAAGUACUUUAAUCACAGAAAUGUAAUUAGAUUUUAGUUUCUUUUUGUUUCUUUUUAGAAGAGAUAGUUAGACACAUUAUUCUAUUUGAACAUACCAACAUCACAAGAGUUGCCCACUGCAGCAAACUAUCUAAUUCAUCUAAGUCAGCAUACUGUCUCUAGUGUACCAAUUCACUGCAGACCAGUAUAAUUCUGUAAGAUCACAAGGGAGAAACGUAGCAUCUCAGCAGUCACAAAACUUCUGUUGUUGUAAGGCCACAAAAAGGGGACAAUUUUUUGUGCAAGUGAGCACUCAGCCAAAUAGAACUGAUCUCAAAUGUUGUGAUCAUGCUGCAUCCUAAGAUGUCUGCAGUGAAGUAGCUGUUUUUCCUCCAAUUUUACCAAUCCAAACAUAUUCACUUUUGCAUAUGAUGCAUAUAUAAUGUUGCAAAGCAAACCCUAUACAUACCUGCAGUCAAAGUUUGUUACAUCUACAGAGUAUAACAUUAUCAAGGUGAAAUCUUUUUUUUUUUUUAAGAAUAAGAUUAACAUGUCUGCACCUUGAGAACAUGAUAAUCAGGGGACCAAAAAAAGCAACCAAGGUGUUGAUGCUUGAGGAGCCUGAAGUGAAUAGGGCAUGUUUUUACCUCCCUAUAGAUACUUGAUUUUUUCAAAUCAGCUAAUAUUUCCAAACACUGCCAAGCCUGCGCUUUUUCUUGGAUCCUGGGAGUAGAUGAGGAAGGCUGGCAGCUGUACUCAGCUUCAGAUUCCAGAACUGCACAGUACUGCCCUCUGCAGCAAGUAUCUCCUCACAGAUGGAGAUAUUUAAGUAAACUACCUCUUAGUCUAUCAGUGUCUCUGGUAGCUUAGUGCUUUACCUAUUUACAAACAGACUUUACAGCUGUUUAAAAAAAGGAGGGAAGAAAGGAAAAGUAUUUUCCAUUUGCUAUGUACUUGGUACUGUUCUUUCUCAUUUGUGGAUCUCAGGAUUUAUUGUCACAUAAUGUGGAAACCUAUUUUAAAUAGAGGCUUACCUGAGCUUAAAAGUCCUAACUAAGAGUCAUUCCUGACAGCCUAGUGGUUAUAUCUUUGAAUUCAUAAUUGCGUAUCAAAGGACUGCUACUUACAGAAAUAAGAGUGUCAUAUUUUAACUACUUAUUAUUGGAAGUGUUUGUUUUGUAUAGGCUUGAUCCAGCCCCUAUGAGACCCACCAGGAAGUUCUCUGUUGAUGUGAAUGACUUGUGUCAAGUGCUGGGGCUUUUCUGUUUUCAUUUUUUUGGUAGUAAUGAAGUUCACUAUAUGUUUUAAGCUUUCCACUUUAUUUUUGAUGCUUUGCAACUGCAACAAGUGGGACAGUAAACAAAAAAGGCAUUUGAGUAUUUCAUAUUUACUUCUCUAAAACUUUUCCCACUUUUAUUGUAAUAUGUUUCUGCUCAGCAUUUCCUGCAAUAAUGGCCUGAUUUGAAAUCUGAGAAUUGUUAUAGUCCUUUCUCAGUACAUUUGCCUAAAUAUUUCUGGAGCAUCCUUCAGCGUUCUGGGAUGUAAGUAAAUCUGCAUUAGUUCUGAAUUUAAGGGCCACCAGACUACCCCUGAAUAGUUUAUAAACCUGCGAUUGAAUGUCAGCCUAUCGGGUAUUCCCUACUGUUCUCAUGAGGGCCAGUAUUUCUUUCACUCCCCACUUAUGGGAUCAUGGUCUUCACUUUCUUCCAUAGCAACUACAUACUAAAGGAGGGACUCCUACAAUAUUGAUUUUUCAGCAUGCCUUAUGUGGUAUGGAACCAUUAUAGGCAAUAAAAACAAGACCCCUUGUAGCUAUGGAGCCUACUGCGGAGAGUCCUGCUACUUUCAAAACUUCUACUCCAAAGUUAAGCUGCUUGUUACACUUUGUGCAGGGGGGGAGCCCUAGGGAUCACCUUCCUCUAGUAUCUGUUGUCUUCUGUGAAGUACAGGUUGUUAAAAAACAAAUAAACAAACGCAUAAUGUAGGCUAGAUGUCAGCUAUACUUCUAAGCACUGAGAUAAUGGCAAAUGAUUAGAAAUGGUAGUGAUUAGAAAGCUUUUCUAAAAUGUGAUACGUUUAUUACUAAGCUUCAAGCAACUAAACACAGUGAACGUGAAUUUUCACUAUUUCCAGCAAAACAAAGUAUGUACAUGUGAGAAAUUCUCUUACGCCCUCAGAAUGUAAUUAACAUAUGAUUUUUUCAGGCUGUAUUUAAUCUAUAAAUAUGAAAUCUGCAUCUAGGAAACAGCAUGCUUAUUUGCAUGUGAUAAGCGUACCAGAAGCACAAACAACUCUUCUGCAAUAUACGCAUUAAAAAAAAAAAGAAAAGAAAAAGUGAGCCCUGAGGACUGUUUUACAGUUAUCAAUGGAGACAGUGUUCAUCAAUCAGGGGCAUUCAACUUUGAUAUCAUUUAUCACAUGUGCUUGUGUUCUGCAACAUGAAGCCUGUCUAUUAAGGUUAAAAGGCUGGGGCAACAACUGCUAGGGAAUUUCAGCACAAUAAACUGCAAUUGAAUUUAUGUUUUAAAUUUCAUCCAGUCUUAUGUUCAAGGCCCAUAAAUAUUCAAUAAGUCUUGUAUGUCCUUGUAAAGGAAAUAUUAGAUCCUGUACAGGCAAUUUUAGGUAUAAUUAUCUUUCAUACAACUUCACUCAAACGAUUUUAUAUUUAAGAGUAAUCCUUUUGUUGUCCUGCAGCCCUAAUUAUAGUAUUUAGCUUCUCCCUUCAAAGUCCCAUUCCUUAGCCUAGCACCUUUUCAAGCAAGGCACACCUCACUGGAAUACAAAUACAGCUCCAAAAAUAGCACUUUUUCUGUUCUCAGAAAAACCUGCAUUGUGCAUUUACCCCUGUGGCUAAAUCUGUAUUUCAGAACCUUGAAAUGUACUGUUAAUUAAUCCAAUUACAUGCAUUUUGUUUUGCAAUUAAUUCUGCCAUUGAAUCCACAGGAACUGAGUGAAAGCAGUGGACCUGUACAAUGGGUACUACUGUACUGGGUCCUUUCUUGGCACAAUUACUUCAGAAGUAGAGACAAUUUGGUAGCGUAUGGCAAAACUCAUCUAGAGCCUAUGGUUUGUAGAGCUUCCUGAAUUAGGAUUUCAUUUAAAGCAUGCAUAUUCUAGUUUUUUAAAGUUAGUUUCUGCAUUCCCAUUAUAGCCUUAACUGGUGUAGGAUUUAAGAACACUGUGAUUCUGAGUAUUUCUUGUGAUUCUUCCUGUAUUUGUUCUGAGUCAAAAAGUUCUUGUAGACUUAAACCGGCAAAGAUUUGUCACCUCCCAGCUGUGCUGUGUUGGCUCUGCUGUUCUGCCCAACAAGUGGGGCCAACAGCUGUACUCUGCUCCCUCUGCUUCAGCCCUGGUAGGAAGAGCAUUAACAGGCAACUAGUCUGACUCCAUCACAGAGCAUCUCCAGAGGAAGCAAGGGGUUCUUUCUUUCUUUCUAGAAGAAAUACAAAAUUUGUCAGACUAAUCCUAUGCCAAUACUGUCACUCAACAGUUGGCUCGGAAAGCUGGCCUCUGGAAAACAGAUUGUACUGAUCUCAACUAUCUUAAUUCACCAAUACCUAUAGCCUUCCAGGUGGCCUAUACAGUGUGCCUUAAGGGGAAUAAUCUAGUCCAGGGAAAGGAUUUGGUUAGGUAUCUGUAAGGAUUUAAAGAAAACAAAAGUCAGCCCUUCCUCUUCAGACUCAUUGCAGCCCAUUCUGAGAAACAUUUUGGAUUUUAGAAGUCAUGUCUGAAAUAAAAAAAAAAAGAAGCAGCUCUCAUGGGAAACCAGAAUAUUAACAUGGCUGUAAGGAUAUUAGCACAUUCUUUAAGUAUUUUAGAAAAAGUAAGUUUCCUCAGAUAUAUAUCUCCAAUAAUAAUUAAAUGAUAUGGCAUUUAGAGAGUUAACAUUUUAAAUUCAGCUUUUGCACAUGACAAAAAUUAACAGUGCUGCUGAGUGUUCUCAGGGAUGCCAGGAGUUUGCAGGACUCCUACACAUUCAGUUAUGAUCUUUUGGGGGGUUUUUUUGUUUUUUUUUUUUUUUUUGGAGGUGGGGGGUCGCUGAGAGGAAUCAAUGGAUUAAUUCAGAGCUUUCAAUCCGAUAUUGACAAUUGUGAUAGAAGGCUCAAAGCUACCAAAUUAGCAAAAGGUAGUUACUUGGUGAUCUCAAGGAAAUUAGUUUUUAUGUUUUGCUGUUAACCUAGUUGACAUACUAUGUCUUAAAGACAACCAUCAAAAGAAAAUGUUACACUGUAUAUUGGAAGAUUUAAAAGUAUUCCUGCUCUUUCUGUAAAUAUAAUUUUACCAUCAACUUAGCCUGAAUAUUAAAUGGCCUUGAACAUCUGCAAAGAA